GAAUAUUUUUGACUUCCUUAUGUUUGAUUACUUGCAGAUUUUGUGUAUCAGAAUAACAGCACCUAAGAUAAAACUUCCUCCUCAAUAGACACUGGAUGUGAUCACUUUCAAAAUGGAGUCUUUCCCCCAACAAAUGUAAGUGCAUUAAAUUCAUGUCCUAUAGUUUGUUUUUUAAUGUGAUUAAAAAGAUAAUUUUUCUGUAUUUGAUGAUUUCUAAAUAUAUUGAACAGUGUUAUUGAAAAACAAAAAGAUAACUUUCCCAGUAUAUAUACAUUUAAAUAACAACAGAUGUGAGGGAAUGCAGCACGUGUCGGAGUCCAUGUUUGUGGGACUGUGUGAUAUCGUGGGGACCUCACAAGAGGUAGCCAUCAGGAGGGAGACAAGAGACAUUAAAGAGAUGGUGGAGAGACGAGUGAAACCUAAUGGGACCAUUGUGAUGUUGAGUGGAAGUAGGAGAGAGGGGUUCAGACUGGAGGGAUCAGAUACGGACCUUAUGUACUGGCCAAACAACCACCGUGUGAUCAUGGACAUGUCUCAGUCUGAGUAUUACAACACAGCCAAUACAACCUUGAUUCUUUCUGACAGUUCUGAGAGUCCACCAGGAUUCACUCUACUUCAGUUACUGACACCAACCACAUUCAGAGAGGUCCAAUCAGCAUGUGUCAGAAAGAAUAAUAGAGUCUAUAUAUCUAGUUCUAUAUACAGAGGGUUAACUUGUUCAGCAGUAGUUCCUAAUUUUUCUGUACAUGGACCCUGUGGUACUGGUAUAGUGGGAAGGUUGGAAUAUGACACUGCCAUCUGUUUUGUUUGUGACUCUUGGCCUGUGUCUGCCUCCUCGUGGAUAGACAGAUGUCACUCAUGGCCUGCCUCUAAGGUUGUUGGUGAUAUUGUCAGAAAUGGAUGUCACUUUAUGGCAAUAGGACAUCCAUUAGGACCCCAUGAACAUAAAGAAUGGAGAAUUUCCUUUUCUCAAGCAGAAUAUAAACUUGUUUACUCUAUGAAUCACUGUCAGUUUUUGACAUAUGGGUUGUUGAAACUUAUCUUAAAAGAAGUAAUAAAUCACCAAUCAGAAGAAACCAAUAAACUGCUGUGUUCCUAUCACAUGAAGACAACUAUUUUCUGGGCCAUUCAACAAAACAUACUACCUCACUGGUGUCCACAAAAUCUCCUGGCCGGUUUCUGGGUCUGCUUUAAACUCCUCCUUAGAUGGGUAUAUAAAGGGAUCUGCCCAAACUUUUUCAUCCCACAAAACAACAUGUUUCUGACAAAGGUAUAUGGCUCAGCACAAAACAGAUUGUUCCUACAGUUACAUGAAUUGUACAAGAAAGGUCUGGCCUGUCUGUUACAGAGUCCCUCUAUCAGGUCCUACAUCAUUGAUGUCCUGUACAAUCCGAGACUUUCUAUUUGUACAGAUGAGAGUAUCACGAGAUUAGAAGUUGAUUUUGAUAUACAACUAAUCACUGAGUUCAAAAGUGUUGAAACUUUGGAUGCGAAUCUGUGUUAUUUAACCAAUGUCAUACACAUAAUAGAACAGUAUGUGGAGUCACCAAAGUCACUUUAUCAAGUUGUUACACUACCGAGGCUUACAGCCUUAAUUUUUCAACAAACUGCUUUUUUAUUACAAAACAUGUAUACUAACAAAAGAGCCAACAAACAGAUGUAUAUAGCAGACAAAAUACCCUGUCACAUGCUGAAAUUAGCAGCCAAGUUUGGGUGUAUAUCUGACAUGUUGUACAUUGCCAUGUAUUAUUACAAAACAUUCAGUUACAGGGAAGCGUUAUGUAUUAUAGAGAUGACAAAGGUCAAGUUAGCACAGCCAUAUCUGAUGUAUUAUGGACAUGUAGACAGAGAGAGGUAUACUGAGGCUGUAGGGGGACAGUCCUGGUCUACAAAGAUGAGACAGGCUGUAGCAGUGGAUAUGGAACUUGGCACCAGAAUCUGUUAUGUCAGUGAACUAAUACCAGAACAACAGUCUGCUCUACAGAAAGGAAAGGCUCGUACAUUGAUCAUCCCAGUGUUUGUAAUGUUACAUUUCCUAGAGUUCUUGUGUUACAGACACAUUGAUACAACAUUAUCACAAACAGCUCUAGAUGAGCUACAGGUCCUAGUCCACCAUGAUCGGGGACUGUACGUACAUGAUCUACUCAGAGACAUCUCCUGGGAGAUCCUGGGGAUCUGUCAACAGAUCACAGGGAACCUCCAGGCUGCUCUAUACUCAUACCAACAGUCACUCACACAUGAUCCAUACAACAACAUACAAACUGCUACACAGGGUAGAAUACAGGAUAUAGUUCAGUUAACACCACACCAGUAUCAGUAA